AUGUUGGAGAAGAUAAAAACUGAGAUGGAUAUUUUAGAAAAUGAGGAAGUCAGCAAUAAUCAAUAUAAAGUAGUUUUCGGAUCAAUCCUUAAACUUGCAAGCAUUUAUGAUUAUUACUACUCAUCAUUCGGAGCUUGGACAAACAAUCCUUUUUAUUGCAAAGAAGAAAUUGAUGAGAUUCAAGAUCAUCUUGACUUUGUUGAAGUAUUAGACGAAGAAGACUAUUUUGAUCAAGCUGAGAGGGGAUACUUGGAAGCAGGAAGGUAUCUAGCUGUUGCUUCUAAGUCAUGUAAACAUCCUAGCAUGUGUAGACAAGCUUUCUCACUUUCAGGUUGGCUACCACUUUAUUACUUAUUCAAGAGAAAAGAAGGAGCAAGUAAAGGACUCUAUUUCAUGAAUACUUUAAAUAAAGAAAGAUUUCAGAGAAUGAAUCAGUGGACUCAGACAGCUUUGAUGAAAAGUAUUGGCAAAAUUACUGCUCCAAAGGUGGAACUGGAGGAGAAAAUUUAUGUGAAAAUGUCUUUAAAAGACGAAUUAUCUUACAAAAAUAAUCUAAGAUCUUCAAAAAUCCCACGUAUGUGUAGAUUUGAUCUCGAUCUUCCUUUUGAAGUUAAAAUGAAGCAUUAUGACUCUGAGGAAUACUUGAAGAUUCGUGUGACAUCUAGCCAGGAUUGGGGCACUGUUAAUUGGAAGAAAGGGAAACUAAACUCUCAAACUGCUGAUCCAAUAGUUAUUCCAGUCGCAAUAAUUUAUAUUCAUGGUGGAGGGUUUAUCGGUGGUUCAACAGGUUCUUAUCGGAAUGUCCUAAGAAAAUUAGCAGUAAUGACUGGAUGCCCGAUUUUCUCAUUUGAUUAUCGUCUUGCCCCACAAUAUAAAUACCCUACUGGUAUUAGUGAUUGAUGGCUUUCUUACCUCUGGAUUAGGCAUUACUCAGAGAAAUAUCUUGGUGUUAAAUUUGAAAGAUGUAUUUUAAUUGGAGAUUCAGCUGGAGGAAAUAUUUCGCUCAGUUUAUCUCUUGUUGCAAUUCAAAAGAAUUGUAUUAAGCCUGAUGGGUUGAUGCUAUGAUACCCUAAUGUUUGAAGCAAUAGGAAUGAAUUCUUCCCUUCAUCUCUACUAUCUAUUGACGAACCUUAUCUAAAUGCAAUGUUUAUUGAUUUCUGAUGCACAUCUUAUUUGGAUGACGAAGAUCGGAGUACAGAGUAUAUCUGAUCUCCAAUAUAUGCACCGAGGAAAUUACUGAAAGAAAUGCCUCCAAUAAGGUUUGGAAUCCCUGCCAUUGAUCCCUUAAGGGAUGCAGGAAUUGAGAUGGCCAGGAAAUGAAUAAAGUCGGGUGUAGAUGUCAAAGGGAAAAUAUACAAAAAUCUUUUCCAUGGAUAUCUUGAAAUGGAUGGUUUCCCUUUCUAUAUGAAAGAUGCUGAAAAUGCUUUCAAUGAUACUGUGGAAUAUCUUUUGGAGCUAAUUGGGGAAGAGAAAGCUAUUGUAGAAUCAGCUUAA